UAUAUUACAAUAUCUUCAGCUGCAAACGGAUGGCAUUGGUCUAAAAUAGCGCACAAGUCGAGAAUGCCACUGAACGAUAACCAGUAAAUCGCAUCAGGCAACUCCAAUCUCUGCGCUCUCGAAAUGCUCUCAAAGAGCAAUCUGAAAUUUCGCUGCGAAAAGCCAUCGAUCGGCCAUUGUCUCGGUCACAAUCGUUUGCUGCUUUCACCAACCGGACGCAACGUGCACGCCCUGCCGAGAAAUCGCCCUAAAAGUCCAGACUGUUCCAGAUAACCGAUAAAGAAUCCGUACUGUCCUGCAAAGACCCGUCUUCGGAAACUUUGGUCAGAGAUCAGUUUGAUCUCCGAAAGCAGGACUCGCGGGCGAAAAAUCCAACGAACAUCCCGAAUCGUUAAAACCACUGAUUGGUUACGGCAGUAACUGCACCCGGAACACCGACCCCGGUUAAGAAAGCAGCAGCGAGAAGACGAGCAAGCGAGAGCACGAAAUCGGCUAGUGAUCAGCACCGUGGUCAUUCAGAAAAGGCCCUCCAAAGAGUUAAACAUUUCUCAUUAGGGCCUUUUUGAUCACCCCUUCACACCUAACACUGGCACCAGCCGUCCCGCUCAUCAUCAUCGUGCCACGUUGCAUUCGCGAGCCAGCAAGCAAGUAGGGCCACCAAGACGCAGUGGGUACACUAGUGUUGGUAAAGUCGGUACCAAACGAGUGACGAUUCUACGAACCGACGCGCCGAUCGCCGCAGAGCAGCAUCUUCACGACCACGUGCAUGCGGACGGGUAGUAUAGUUCGACACGAAGGCGAGAAUCACCACGCGGCACACGGGCAACCAUCCAGCGCCUGGUCGGACCCACCUCUUGGAGAUCGGUAGUGAACAAAGGCCGAGUGUGUUAGUGUCGAAGUGCCAACAGUCGCGCAACAAUCUCAUCGCAUCGGUUAGACCGCAUGCAACAUCAACAGUGAGUGUUUCGCCGACGCGCUGUCCGCGUUGACGGCAGCGAUCAGUGCGCGAGUGUGUAGGUGAGAGCCGACGCCACGAAGCGACGAAAGCGAAAGUGUCAUCAGUGAGUGCCAAUGCGCACUGGCACCGUGAAACAGACAGAGCGAGUCGGCAUCAUUGAACGCGGUACUAGAUCAAGCGAAGUGGAAAUGCAGGAAGCGGGUUUGUUUAGCGUGAAUGCAGCAGGAAGCAUGAGUUUAAUGUGAAUCGGCACCAAGCGAGUGCUGUCGAAUAGAGUGCGUUCAGAAGACCGCACAAUCGAACACGUCCACCUCGCACCACAGCGUGACCCAGCAGUGAGCGGACAUAGCAUCGGAGAACGGCACGGUCGUCUACCGAGAAGCGACGACGAGGAGGCCCCGCCGCCGAGUCGCGGAUAGUGAGGUGCAACUGCGAGGACGGAGUGCAGUAGUAGAUUAAAGGUAAGGGUAGACAGUAAGUCCUUCAAUGAUGCGGAUAAUAUAUAAUCACGUUUCGCACAUCUUGCUUAUUUUCAUUUGACUUCUCCGACUCCCUAUUGGCUGAGCGAGAGUUUCAAUAACGAAAAGAGCGCCAUAGCCGGGCAAAGACCUAAGCAAAUACAGACCUCAAUCACCCAAUUGCGCGAGUCAGGUGCUUUGAGUAGAUUACAGCGAGUAGAGUCUGAGCGAGGACGACUUUCAUUAUUCAGUCCUAGCUCAAGAACAGAUUUUUGUAACAUUGGCGCCCAACGCUAAAAACCUACACCACUCUGAUUAUUAUUACGAUUUUCUGUCAAUCGCGCGCAUAAUCGUGACACGCAACAAAUUCCCGAACAGUGAGCUAGUCAAAAGUGAGUAAGUUAACAGUGAGUGAGUUAACUGUGAGUGAGUUAACUGUGAGUGUGUUAACUGUGGGUGAGCCGGCAUUGUGAAGAUGGACGUGAAAGAUCUAUCGGAUGAUGAACUGAACUACGAGUUAGAACUACGACGAGUAGCAGAACCCAGCAAGUUGACCAGGAAGAGGAAAGUCGACCAGCUGAGAGCAUUGAUGCGUCAGGAACACGUCGACUUGCUCCAUCCUCUAUCAGCGACACACUUCAUCUCGGAUGCAGCAAACGUUUACUAUUGUCAACAAAAGCUUCAGCGACUAGGAUCAUCUCUUCUUCGAGCCCUUAACAACCAAGAUGCAUCAGAGCUCAAGCAGUGUUUAUCUAAAUACUACCAUUAUCGCGCUAGAUUAUCUCUGAUCACGGAUCCAGUCUACGCUCCCUACGUUCGACAGGCAGAGAAAGUGAUCAACGAUUCGUUGGACCAAAUAACACAAUGUUUGCAGAGCUUGACGUAUGUCUCAGCGCCAGACUUCGAACAAGGCGACAUCCUCCCGGAAGAAGAAGAGGUGUUGACCCAACUGAAAAACCACCAUCUCCAGUCUAGUGUCAAUGACCCAACACAUACAAAUCCAGAUCAAGGAAAGGCAGACAACCUCCAGGAUCCACUUAACUUAUCGCGAAAGAACCGAAAAGGUGCAAUUUCAAAAAAUGCGGACCUUCAAAACUUUGUGAACAUACAUCCAGCACUAAUUACCAGGGAUAACGGAACAACGUCCGGCCUACAGCUUCCCCAGCUGUCGCAGAAUCUGGCACCUCCAAUUCCACCUCCGAGGCCCAGCCUGGAAAGAGAUCGAGAGCAGCACCAUCAGCAAGCUAUGGUGGGUGACCAACCAACGGAUGUACGAGACGAGAUCAUCAGGUAUCUAUUGAACAACAGGCAGCACACAGAAGCAAGACCGGAACAAAUUUUGCAGAACAGUGGAAGGUUGACUCCUAACAGACAACGGUUCUCUCAGCCGGUGCACAAGUGGCCAUUUUCGUACAGCGGGAACCAGAACAUCAUGGAGCUGGCGGUAUUCCUGAAUCGUGUAAAAACAUAUGCAGAUACGGAAGACGUCGAUGAAUUUUCACUGCUUCGAGGGGUCAAGCAUCUCCUACGAGGACGUGCUUUGGAGUGGUACACCAGGAACUACAACCAAUUCAAUACCUGGACACAGUUCAAGAAACAGAUCAAGGCAGAAUUCCUACCACCAAACUUCUCACAGCUGAUUAAACGAGACCUGUACUGGAGGUUCCAAGGCCAAGAAGAAACCUUUGCCAAGUAUUACCUGGAUUUGCUUGCUCUCUUUGAGGUGGUGGAACCACCGCUGACGCCCCAGGAUCAAUUCUUCAUCCUGAAAUCCAACCUGAACACCGAAUUCGCAGCAGUUGCUUCAGCUUCCCGAGCAUGCACAGUAGUUGAUCUGGUGGAAGUCUGCAAGGAUUACGACCAUGCUAAAAUGUUUUCCCAGAAAAACAAAAGUUCCCAAAUUCCACGUACAGCCUUGGCAGAGCCAAAUCGGGGCACUCCCACGUUCCCUCGUAUCUCUAGACAAGGACCUCCAGGAUAUGCAUGGAACCGCACAACGAUACAGCCGAACAGGACACAGCAUGUGAACAUCAUCGAGGAAGAAGAACUCGACGUCAACCCACAAGCGUUGAUGUUACAAGACGUAAAUCAAGCACACGAACAAGUAGACAGCAACACGUCACCAGCAGUCGAGUUACCAGAGGAGCAGGUCAAUGCUGUACGAGCCCAGGGUGUGUGGAAUCAAGGCGACAAAAUAUCAGAAACGAGACGAAAACCGCUCACCAUGAUCUGUUGGCAGUGUGAGCAGACAGGCCAUGCUUUUACAGCUUGUCGCAAUCCCAAAACCUACCUAUUUUGCUACAGAUGUGGCAAAAAGGAGUUCACGUCUAGAAAUUGUAGUGAUUGCCUAGCAAGGAUGAGCCAAGCACUCCCAGAUUCGAUGAUCAAUCCCUCACAGGGAAACGCCAACGCGGGAUUCCAAAAAUGAAGGGAAA